AUGAGCGCCGCGGGCCCCGGGCCCGGGCCCGACCCCGACCCCGGCCCGCAGGAGGGGGGCCCGGGGCACGGCCCCGGCCCGGCCCGGCCGGACAGCCCGCAGGAGGAGCUCGACUUCUCCAUCCUCUUCGACUACGACUACGACUACAAGCCGAUCGAAGAAGAACCGACUCCACAUAAAACCAACAGCCCACCCUCUGGAGUUACAUACGCUCAUGAUGUCUUGGACUGUGGCCUCAAGCCAUGCCCCCUGCCUUUUCCUAGCCUUCCUGCAGAUCCCAUGGGCAGAUAUGGACAGCCAGAUAGCAUAGGGCCAACACCUACUCACCCUGCCAACGCUGCAGGGGCCUCUGCUCCGAGCCCUAGGAUUGAAAUAACUCCAUAUCAUGAACUGAUUCAUUCGGGGGGUCCCUUCCGCAGCAGAGACACAGAUGUUCUGUUGGCAGAACAUCAGCCAAACUCAGCCACCACUAGCCCGAGGGUUACCCUGCCUGUCCCUGGCUUUGAGGGCUACAGAGAACCACUGUGUCUGAGCCCAGCUAGUAGCGGCUCCUCUGCAAGUUUCAUUUCAGAGACAAAUGUAUCUCCUUGCACGUCUCCAUGUGUUUCACCAAAUAAUGGUCCUAGUGAUGACCUUUGUCCACAGUUUCAAAACAUCCAUACUCAUUAUUCUCCUAGAACCUCUCCAAUAAUGUCACCACGAACAAGCACCACGGAGGAAGCCUGCUUGGGACGCCACUCACCAUCUCCCUGUCCCAACUCAAGGUCCUCGUCGCCAGGUGCAAAGCGGAGGUUCUCUUGCACCGGGCUCUACAGCGCCCAGCUGCCCUGCUCCUCGCCCCGGCAGUCACGGAGCCCCUCUCCACAGCCCUCUCCUCGCCUCCCCCCGAGAGAAGACACCUCUGCAGUCACUUACACGCAGCUGGCCAGCGCUGCCCUUCCCAUGGAUGCUAUGAGCAGCCUUCCCACGGAUCCUUCCUGCGGCGUCCCCACGAAGAUCUGGAAAACCAGCCCCGAUCCUUCGCCCAUGUCUUCCCACAAAAACAGCAUUCCGUGUCACGUCUUUCAGACUGUCGACUUCCACGGGCCUUGUGAGCAGGAGGACAGGAGAAACUCGGCCCCAGAAUCCAUUCUGUUGGUUCCUCCAUCCUGGACAAAGCAGCUGGUGCCUGCAAUACCAAUCUGCAGCUUGCCCGUGCAGUCCCUGCCUCCCCUGGAGUGGCCCCUGUGCAGCCAGUCUGGCCCCUACGAGCUGCGCAUCGAGGUGCAGCCCAAGCCCCACCACCGCGCGCACUACGAGACCGAGGGCAGCCGCGGCGCCGUCAAGGCUCCCACCGGGGGCCACCCCGUGGUCCAGCUGCACGGGUACAUGGAGAACAAGCCCCUGGGGCUGCAGAUCUUCAUUGGCACGGCGGACGAGCGCAUCCUGAAGCCCCACGCCUUCUACCAGGUGCAUCGCAUCACCGGCAAAACCGUCACCACCACCAGCUACGAGAAGAUCAUUGGCAACACCAAGGUGCUGGAGAUCCCCCUGGAACCCAAAAACAACAUGAAAGCAACCAUCGACUGCGCGGGGAUCCUGAAGCUGCGCAACGCGGACAUCGAGCUGCGCAAGGGCGAGACCGACAUCGGCCGCAAGAACACGCGGGUGCGCCUGGUGUUCCGCGUGCACAUCCCCGAGCCCAGCGGCAGGGUCGUGUCCCUGCAGGCGGCCUCCAACCCCAUCGAGUGCUCCCAAAGGUCUGCUCAUGAGCUUCCGAUGGUUGAAAGACAAGACAUUGACAGCUGCCUGGUUUAUGGAGGACAGCAGAUGAUCCUCACUGGACAGAAUUUCACAGCAGAGUCCAAGGUGGUGUUCACAGAAAAAACAUCAGAUGGGCAGCAGAUCUGGGAAAUGGAGGCAACAGUGGACAAAGACAAGAGCCAGCCUAGCAUGCUUUUUGUGGAAAUUCCCGAGUACAGGAACAAGCACAUCCGCACAGCCGUGAAGGUGAAUUUCUAUGUCAUCAAUGGCAAAAGGAAAAGAAGCCAACCCCAGCAUUUCACCUACCACCCAGUACCAUCAAUCAAAACAGAGCCCAUUGAUGACUAUGAUCCAGCCCUAAUCUGCAGUCCAGUGCACAGUGCUCUGGGGACAGUAACACAGCCUUACUAUUCACAGCACACACUGGCCACCGAGUCCCCCUCAUGCCUCGUGGCCACCAUGGCUCCUUGCCAGCAGCUGCGCUCAGGCCUCUCCUCUCCCGACUCGCGGUACCAGCAGCAGAACCCGGCUGUCAUUUACCAGAGGAGCAAGAGCCUGAGCCCCAGCCAGCUGGGCUACCAGCAGCCCGGCCUGAUGGCCACGCCAGCUGCCCUUGGGGACGGGCACAGGUCCGUGCUGGUGCACGCCGGCUCCCCUGCCCAGAGCUCGGCUGUGCUGCAGCACUCCCCGGGCCACCAGCAGCCCUCUCCUGUCAUCCACUACUCUCCAACCAACCAGCAGCUGAGGUGUGGCAGCCACCAGGAGUUCCAGCACAUCAUGUGCUGUGAGAAUUUCACGGGCAGCGUGUCGAGGUCCAGCCAGCCCCAGGGCAGCCAGGCGCAGAGGCUGAGCCCCAGCUCGUACCCCACGGUGAUCCAGCAGCAGGCGGCCCCAGGCGCCAGGGCAGCCAAGAACGGGCCCCCAGGCACUGAGCACAAGGACGUGCUGCCAGCAGGAGUCACCAUCAAGCAGGAGCAGAACCUGGACCAGGCCUACCUGGACGAUGAGCUGAUAGAUACACACCUUAGCUGGAUACAAAACAUUAUAUGAAAAAGAAUGACUGUGAUCUUUGAUCCAAGCAAUCAAAAAGAAAGUUAACGAAAUUAUCAGGAAGGAAUUUUCUGGACUCCCUGCCAGAAGUCAGACAUAGAAGAAGAGAUUUAUGAGACAACUUUUACCGAAUCCUUCCACAAGUGACCUCUUAGAUCCUUCCAGUGCCCCUGCAACCUCUGGCUUCCUUUGCAGUUCAUCUCCAGGCAGAGACUCAGUGCAAGGAACAAUGAAUUGGCACCAAGUGGCAGCCUUGGCUGAGCACCUCGCCACCUCUGUGUGUAAACAGCACGCAGGACACCCUUCCUUCCAUCCAGAGAUCACAUUGUUCUCCUGGAACAGAGCAUCUGGCUGAGGAAACACUUCAAGCCUGCUGCAGCCCAUCUGUCUGUGCGUCCAUCCAUCCAUCCAUCCAUCCAUCCAUCCAUCCAUCAUCCAUCCAUCCAUCCAUCCAUCCAUCCAUCCAUCCAUCCAUCCAUCCAUCCAUCCAUCCAUCCAUCCAUCCAUCCAUCGGGGGAGACAGGAGCCGUCCCCUGGGCAGGGCUCAGAGCCUGGGCUGGGCACUGGGGCUGGGCAGAGGGAACAGAGUAAUAUAUUCAUGGAAUAUAACACCAGCACUAACAAGGAUUUGCCCUCCAGGUCUCAAAGCCCUCCUGAGAAAUGUUAUUAUUGUAGGAAACUGAGGCAGCCAAGCUCGCUCAGCCUUCAGCUGGUCUAGGAUCAAAGCCAGUUUGCUCUGAGCACUGGGGUUGGUGUUUCAGACAGGAGAUCUCAGCUGAAUCCAGGAGUUUUCUUCAUUUUUCUUGUCAGACUGGAUAGGAAUUUGAAGGAGAGGGAUUCUCAUAACAAACCAGUGAAAAGAGCAAUUCAGCAGUUGCAAUGCCUGCCCCAAGGUAAAAUAAACCCAGGUAAACCAGAGAUUAAUAUAUAGGAGUCACAGUAAAUCCAAAGAUUUUGUGAUUGAUCCUUAUUAGUAUUUAGGCAGUGUAUGAACACAUCUUAGAUAUUUUCUCUGUAACAAAUUGUUGCUGUUUCUUUUCAUGUAGAACCUGCUCUUGACUCAUAACUUGUCUCAUUUAGCAGCUGGAACAUUUACUCACGCGAGCUGCAGAGGAAAAUAAUUGCAUCUUACAGAAGCCAUACAUUCCAGAGAAAAUAGACACUUACUUAUAUUCACCUGGCCUCUUUAGCUUUGCAAAGCUACCAGCAAUUCCUGGAAAGGUUCCAUUUCCAUGGGAGUUAGUGUUCUGUUAUGUUUUGCUUCGUGUGUUAGAAUAUCCUGUCCUGACUCCUGCUUAGCACAUCCCAGGUAACCACUGCCACCUGCAGUUGUACAAGUUAGAAUAUUUAGGGGAGUCAGGGAUAAAAGGCUUCUGAGUGGGUAACCAGUGUACAGUAAAAGAUAGCCAUAAUAUUUUAGGAAUUCCAUAGUAAUCUUUCCUGGUUUUAUAAAUAAGGAAUGCUGAUAUUUUUGGGAAUGCAGAGCCUGAGCUCUGCUCUAGAGCACAGUGAAAUUAAUCUAGUUUUCAGUUGUGUCACAGUAAACUUGGCAGAAUUCCAGCGUGUCCACUGCUCACAGCAGGAGUGAGGGGAUGGGAAUACAGCAGAGCAGCCUCAAAAUUGGUUCCCGAAUGUCUCAAGGAAGAUUUUGCACAAUCCCUACAGAGCAUGGCUUGGUCCAACAGAAAUCUCUUCAGGACCAUCAGGAAGAAUGUAUGUUUUGCCCCUAAAAACUGGUGCUUAAACUCUGCAAGGUCUUGGGGUUAGAGUGGGACACAGAAGCAUUAGGUUCUUCAGAACACCUGACCUGGGGCUCAGCUAAAAUUUGGCUCUUGAACAGAAAUCUGAAUUUCACAAGAGCAGCUCUGAACUCCAGAUUCAGCCCAGCUCAGAUCCAGAACCAGAGCAGAGCCCUGCACAUCCCACCCUGGCAUUAAUGCCCCCCUGGCUUCUAUCCCUGCUUUGUGAGGUUCAGACCUUUCACCCCAAAAUGAGUUCCCUGUAUCCCAACACCCAGAACUCCUGGGGUGCCUCUCUGGUGCUCUCCUGGUGAGCUCUGCCCUGCAGGUGCCCUGGCCGAGGCUCAGCCUGGACCUGCAGAGGUGAAAAUGGCCUUUUUUAAUUCCAAUUUUUUAAUUGCUGCCUUUUAGAGAAACAAAAGUGAGGCCCAGCCUUGCUGAAGAGGGGAAUUCCUGUUAGACAGCACUCAGCAGCACUGACUGGCUCACACGCCUCAAAAAGCUAUUUUGGAUUGUUCAAAGCUGUCAGUGGGCCAGAAUCUGACACAUAUUAGGGGUUUUUAGUGCAGUCUGAUGAAUGAGACAAUUCUGACAUAUUCUAAAGGCCAAAAGUUGCCUUGUCAGAAGUUCUGUGCUAUAGCUGAGUAAAAGAGCAGACCAAAUGCAUCUCCCAGUUUCACACUUGGAUGUAUCAAACAUUUUCCAUGAUCCAACCUGUAAAGUAUAGGAGAAAUUUAAAAACAACCCAGAAACCCAUCCACAGAAAAAAAAUCCUCAGAUUACUGGCAGACCCUUCUCUUUUGCUGGAUUUUAAAUAGAAGCUCAAAGAAGCCCAGGAAGGUCUUUUCAGAUCUGUGAUGUGCUGCUGCUGCUGUUCUGGUGAUUGCAGCAGCUACUCAUCAAGUUAGGAGAAUAAUUUUUUCUAUAUUUAUUUUUGGAUAAUAUCAAUUUAGAAAAGGGGGUUGGAAGUAAAAUCUAGUGCUGGAUCUGAGCAAAGGAAAAGGUCAGUGUUUAAGUUCUGCCUUCUGGAUUGCUGAGGCUGAAAUGUCCUUUAAUUAAAUUAACCCCCAAAGGAAGGAGUAGCUGAAACCUUGGAGCAAAGGCUGUUCAGGGCCCAGGGGGAGCCAGGCAGGCACAGCCCUGCAGCCAAAAUACACCAGAUUUCCACUGUGCUCAUGUGUUCUUCAGGCCCUUUGCUGUAGAGGGGGACAGAGGGCUGGGUUUUGAUUUGUUGAUUUAUU